UUCUUCCGGUAUUGGUGCAUUACGUCACUGUGUAAAAUUUGAUGCCAUGUGGUUUCUGACAACUAUUUCUGCUACACUGUAAGGUUUUUAAAGUUUACUAAAUCACUGACACGCAAUCGGAAAUGAGUUCUCAGAAAGGCACCGCGUCUCGAAAUCGAGGCCAAAAAUACCAAAACGCGACCGCUUUUAAGAACGAUAAACACGGCGCGAGUCCGCAAGUGAAGAAAGCCAACGCGAAGGUGCAUGACGGUGUGUGUCAGCGCUGUAAGGACAUCCUGGAGUGGAAGGUCAAAUACAAUAAGUACAAGUCUCUCACACAACCUCGCAAAUGUGUUAAAUGCCUGCAGAAGACGGUGAAGGAUGCGUAUUAUAUCAUGUGUAGGCCAUGUGCACUCCAGCUGCAGCUGUGUGCUAAAUGUGGGAAGAAUGAAGAGGUGGUCAUUUCCCUGGACAAAAAGGAAGAAGAGGAAGAAGUGGAGGAAGAAGAACCCAAAGGAAGCAGGAGGAGAAAAAAGCGAGACGCACAUCACACAGACGAGGAGGAUGAACUGGAUGAUUUGGAUGAUUUCGGUGACAUGGACAGCGAUUGCGAUUCUGAGGAGACAGAAAAAUAAAGAGACGUCGCGACCGUUAGCAAGGAACCUCAGCGUCGCUAACAUGGCGAGUCAUGAACUCUGAACAUGCGGCAGAGUGAACGACUUUUUACUGAUUGAACAAAUAUCGCUGACAAACAGCUAAAUCCACACACAGAGUCGAGCAGUUCAGAGUUAAAGGAAUUUGCUCAGAGCUGUAUCAGUGACUGAGCGGCAUGCUGGGAUUUCAACUCACAACCUUCCUCUGGCAAUCACUAGUGCAGAGCCACAUAAACACUUAAACCUGAUUUUCAUGCCUUAAUUCCUAAAAUUGCAGCUACUUUACUUUACAGCUCUGCACCGAAUGUCACUAUAAUGACUGAUUUCCAUCAUUUUCAUCCAGAUUUUCUUGUAUUUAGUUUUUAUGUUCUAUAAAUUGUUACAGUAUUAAAAAAAUUGUGUCACAUCUGA